AUGUAUGAGCAAAUUGAGCCUUCAGAUGUUUUGGCCAAGCUGCACAGAGUUGUUCGCUCUGCACAGGGUGACGGCUAUGAAGCUGUUGUGCUGAUGAAGUGCAAGAAGCUCCGUGGAAGUUUGUGCCGUUCUUCGCAUGUCGUUGUUGACGGUGCCGAUGUGUGGCCUUUUCGUGAUCUCGUUGCAGUCCUUGAGCUGUCACUGCAUGAAGCGCUGCUGCAUGUGAGAUGGGGUGACCGUAUCAUGCGCCAAGCUUCUGGUAGCCCCAUCGGCGGCCUCAUGUCUCGAUUGCAUGCCAUGUUGGCGCUUGGCCCGGCAGAGGUUGACUUUGUGCGUUGCGCGGCCUCACCAAGAGCCACAGAGAUGGCCGCAGUGAGGUAUGUCGAUGACUUGCUGCUGGUGUCCACCUGGUGUCUAAGUUGCUUAAAACCGGUUGUAGACCAGGUUUACCCUGAGCACAUCCGUUUUGACAUUGAGCAAGCUUCUUACACCUGUGUCAACUGGCUGGACAUUUCCGUACAAGCCGAUAUGAACGAUGUUGUUAUUGACGUCCAGUUCACUGAGGAGGCCUGGCUUUCGGGGAAGUGUGAGUACCCAGACAGGCAAAGGUGGCCACCAUACCUGCAUGAAGCUUCCUUUAACAUGAAGGAUUUCAAGCAACGUGUAAAAGCGAUUGUAUCUCGCUGGCAACAGAUUGGCUUGAGUGAAUCGCAGCUGAAGUUUGCAGUCGCUCACUUGAUGGCCACACUUGCUAGGUUGCAAUAUCCGCAGAAUCUUGUGAUCAAGGGCCGCCGUAGCCGUAGCCGGGAUCGUCCACGUGACCAUUCCAGUGGAUAUGGGGCUUGGUACAACUACAACUACCAUCAUGGCAAAGGGCGUUGGAAUGGUGGUUAUCACCAGAGCCACGGUACUGGCAAAGGGUAUGGCAAGCCUUCCCAUGCGACUAGUAUGAGUCACGCGGCAUAUCUCGUGCAUGAGCUUCAGGAGCUCGGGCGACAGCAACAGCAAGAGGCGCAAGCAACUUCGUUGCUGCAACGGUUUGUGGGCAACUUUAGCCAAGUACCCAGCCGGGAGACGCAAGAGGCCGGAAGCUCCACAGGUAGCCAGAGCCCAAACGUUUCGAGGGAUCCGCCGUCUUGGCUGAAAGGCUUGUUGGAUGGGCUUGCCUCCAAGUUUGGUGCAGGGGACGCUCCCUCGCAAGUGGGAUCCAUGGACACCUCGGGGAUGCCGUGUGCCAGUAGCAGACUCGGCAGUGCAGGCAGCAAUGCUGCCAACAACAUCCCUUCAACCACAGAGCCCCAAGAGCUGUUGCAGCUAAGACAGGAGCUUGCGGCUCUGAAGGAAGAGAAGAUCCGACGUGAACAGCAGGCAGAAAAGGACCGGUUGCAGUCUGAUAUCAAAGCACUCCGCGACUCCAUGUCAAAACUGCCGGUGGAAACCGCGUCUGCAGAGAAGCCUGAUGAAGAGCACACGGUGUUGCAGUGGCUGUCUGUGGAUGUGGAGCAGUGGGAUUUGGACAAGGUGUUAAUCUCCUCGUCACAGCAGAAAGCUUGGAUCUCUGGGGUGAGGCCUUCCAUGAGCAAAGGCUGGACACGAUCUCCUAUCCCAAUAAGCACAUGGUUGUCAGCUGAGAAGUUGCGACUUAGUGAUGACGACCUCAAUUCGGCCUUAAAGAAAGCAGGAUUGCAGAAGGCCACAGUCCUCACACGUGAUCUCCACACACUACGCCUGUUGGUGAAGGUGUUGUCUCAACAGAUGGAGUCUGAGUGA